UUGUCUUUGGUGUUUCUGCAGUGUUGUGGGAGAAAGGCAAGAGACAGGGGAGAAGAGAGGCAGACAACUGUGGAUGAGAGGAAGCCGUCAGCACCAUAGUCAACAUUAAUCACCCAGGGCCAUUGUGGUCCUGUCCUCUAUACGGCGCCAGCGCAGGCAGGCAGGCAGACAGAGAGAAAGAAGAAGAGAGGAAGAGGCAGAGGAAGAGGGGGCAGGGUGGCUGCAGGGCGAAAGAGGGGGAGAGAAUGGUUGGGGAUCAGCCUGUGUGUCCACCCCAGCUCCUGCUGCGGGGCUGGGGAGCAGUGCUGCUGUCUCAGUGCUUGUCCUCGGUGUCCUCCCAGGUCCCGGAUCCUGAGCUUUUACCCACAGAUCCCCCGAAGAAGCCUGACCCCGUCAACUCAGAGACCGUUGUUUUCUGGGGGCUGCGGUUAUGGCAGGUCAUCGCCAUCUUUUCUGUGUUUGUUUUAGCAGUUGUUAUCACUCUGUGUUGUAUUUUCAAAUGUCGAAUCCCGAGAACCAAAAAGGAAAUAGAGGCACGGCACGCGCAGAGACAGGCCGCCAAGAAAUACGCCAACACAUUAGAGACAGUGCCACCUCUGAAUGAGCUGACUGAGAUCCCAGGAUCUGCAAAAGCAGAAGAAAAAGAGGAGGUGACAACAGUCUCCGGAAAAGUGGAUGGUGAAAAGGGAGAGAAGAAGACAAAGGAGGGCAAAAAGGAGGGGAAAGGUGCCAAAGAGGGGAAGGGAGAUGAAAAGGAUGCAUCAACAAAGAAGGGUGACAAAGGUGAAAAGGGAGCAUCCAAGAAAGAAGCUGGUGACGGGAAAGGGAAGAAAUCUGGAGAGAAGGGAGACAAAGGAGAAAAAGGUGGCAAAGGAGAAAAAGGAGGCAAAGCAGGGGCUAAAGGGGGAGCAAAGAAAGCUCAGAAGUGAACUCUGCCCUGCAUGGACAAACACUGAGAAGGAUCAUUUCAUAUUUUUCACUGUAAGCAUUUUGCGCACUUUUUUUCUAUAAUGAAAUUUGUAUAUUAUAUUUGAAAUAAACAAAAGACUUCGAGGUCACACAUACACAAGAACAUGCAUCGUUUGUCUUCAGAGUCAUGAACGUUACAAGAAUAUCAGAGUACAGUAAUAUUACAGAUUUAUUGUCUUAUUCACAAUUCACUGAAGAACAUUAGAGACCAGAAAACAUCUUCCUAUUUUAGUUUCCACUAAUAUCUACAACGGGCCUAAAUCACUGUAGAGUGAUGAGAAGGCGAGAUGUGUCUCAGCAAACACUGCCCACAUACUGUUACCUAAAGCAUGAAGACCAAUGCCGACUCCACUGAGUACAUUUCAGCACGAGAUAAAUAAAAGACAACGACACACAUUUUAUACUUCCACGAGAGGUAUUUGAAAACAAUGAAUUACAACAUUAGCUCUAUGAUUAUUGGCCUUAUUGUACACUUGAUUCCAAAACACAAUCAUUUUACAUGAUACAAUCAGAACAAAGUACUACUGUAUGAUAGGGUAUUAAAGUGCUCAAAUAUAAUUUUCCACCUUUUUUUUUUUUCUUUUUUAUAAAAAGAUUUUCAUGUUCUGAUACCAGCCACCUUUUUUUAUAAUAAAAACUGUUUUACACUCAAGGUAAUAUGUUUAUUUGCACAACGGCAACAGUGACAAGCCAGAUUGAAUUUGAGCAGCCGCCUCAGUCAACUGCAUUUUUUAUAUGCUGUACAACUGUAUUCCUGAAUGGGGCACAGAUUCAGAAUACAGUUUCCAGAGUUGUGAGAAAUGUAAUGAAUACCAGCUAAAAUGAGCCAGUUAAAUAUGAAAAAUAUCUGUAGAGACAUUAAGAUGCUGUAUUAUAAAGUUCCCCUCCACCUCGGUCACUGUGCUCUGCAGCCAGCGCUAACUAUUGUUGAAGUCACAGACUCAACCUGAAGUUACAAUAAUGACUGACCCCCAUGGAAAUGUUCAAGUUGAAGUUGAAGUCACUGAAGGGCCAGAAUGCACUUCUCAGAAUUCAUCUGCUAAUGGUGAGUUGUUGUAUAAUGGUCUAGAUUUUUCUUAUUGCCAAGAAAUGCCGUGAAAAGACCCAAACCAUCAAUGUGCUAGACCAUCCCUCAGUACUUUCCUACCAUGUCCUUGUCUCUUACGUGUUUCCAAAUCUUUUAAAACAGGUGACAGAUAUCUAGUUUCUUUCUUUUUUUCUAAGUCUAAGUAAUUUCAAUAAACAGCAGGGCACUGUUACCCUGGAAAUCCAGACUCAAAUCUGGAAAGAUUUUGAGUCUGGCCCUCACUGAUACAGCCUUGCUACCCAAGGGGUGACACUAACUGAGGCAUUUCAAAUGCCGCCAUAAGGAACUGGAUAACACGAUGGCCAAUCAGAGUAAAAAACUAGGUGACGUAUUCGUUGCACUGAGCCCCAUUUGUUUGCCGAACAGUGGGGCUAACUUCCUGGAAACAAAAGCUUCUAGGGCAGUCUUCUGUUCCUCUCUCAAGGAUAAAGAAAAGUGUAGUUGGCUUAGUGUUUCUUCCAAAGCUAAUUGAAUGGACGUGGUCCUUCGGCAGCUGCCAUCUUGGCUGUUUACUUUAAGACUCCUACGACGCAGCGCUGUCCUCAUAAUGUUAAGCCUGCCCAGAGCCCGCCUCUCGGAGGUAGAUCUGAUUGGUCCGAUAGGCGAUUCAGCGGGCUCUGCUCAUCGGGGCCAGAUCCCCGUGCAGUGCAAAUUAGAAUUUGUUGGGGACCUUCCACAUCUGGAUACGAUGUGAAAGGUACCCUGGGUACGUUGGUUGUUGACGUUCUGGGACGCCGUUUCAAAAUACACUUCGGUUUUCACAAGAAAUUUACCGUUUACAUACAGUCUCUUUCAAAAUAAAUGCAAUAUGUUAGUAGAACAAUGCAAAUUUUCUGCAAUUUUUUUUCCUCCAACAACUAACGCACGUGGUUGGGUUUAGACAACAAAAUCACGUGGUUACGUUUAGCCAUAUAUAAAUAAAUUUGGCUAUAUAAUCUUACGGGAUGCGAACACCGCUCUCCAGGUGAAAUUUAGUGUUUGUUGGACCCAUCCACCACCUUUCCCUCCUGCCCUACUCGGACUUUCGCUGCCGUAACUUUCAUUCUUGUCCCGCCACGUUUCCCAGACGUUGCCGAGCACUGUUAAACUAUAACCACAACCGGCUGCGUAUCAUGCCCAUGUUGAAGGGCCGCUUUUUUUGUCAGUGUCUGACGCCGCAAGUCACUGCCUAAGUGCCAGAUUUCGACGACUUCAGAGUGAGGACGGGUUGAUUAAUACAUGUGGUGUGCUAGGGAGUAUUUAGGCACACAUGAGGCGUUUGUGAGAUUGACACAAAAAAAAAAAAUACAGUGCCCUUGUUCAUGAAUUUAAAUGUCACCCAGCACACAGUGUGCCUUUAUAUUGUGUUUUUGAUUGUUAUUGAGACACAAUAGAGGUGUAUACAGGUGUAUAGAGGUGUAUGGCACAGAGGAAUGAGCUAUAUCAUUAUAUACUUUCUGUAUAAGUCAGUUCAUUGUUGGUUUUGGUAUUUUCAUGGAAUUUGUUGAUGAGAAAAAUACGUAAUAUUUACAGACUUAUCCUUUACACAACAGUGGAGACAGUUCGUAAAGUUGUCUGAUUUAUUUAGCAAAAAUAUGAAUUAACUUUAGUGCUACGUACUCCUGUAGAUGCAAUGUAAAUUAGCUGGAUGAACUUGUAGGCAGUACAAACUGGAACAGACACACACCUCAAUGGAUCUACCAUCAGGUGGAGAAAAACUCUAUAUCACAAAAUGGACAAUCUCAGAACCCAUCAGUGAUCACCUGACAAUGAUGAAGCCUCUGGAGGUAACGGCCAAGACUUCAUCGCUCACUAUGUCACUCAUUGUUUACAGGUCCAGUCAACAUUGCAGCUAAUUCUACACACUGAUAUCACUAGAAAAAAGCUAAAUCAUCUAAAUGAUUGCUGAUGGGUCCGAGAUUGCAUUUCAGCCAGUGUGUUCUGUCUCUUUUGCACUCCACGUGGACUGUUUGUCUGCAGGCGACUAAAGCCAACUCAGACGUGAUUGGUCAAUACUACUUGGACUAUGAAGUGAAACCAGAAUGCUUUCGACCACAACAGCGGGAGGGACAAAAGCGCCUACAAUCCAAAGGUGGUCACUAUUGUAUGAUGUGAGAAAAAAUGUGGAAUAACACUGGGAAAAUAUUAGCUUUGGUCACAAACUAAAAUGAAUGUGAGGUAAAACUCUAUUAAGCUGAAUGUGAUCUAAAUCACAACUCCAUCAGACACAUUGGUCCAAACCAAAUAGGGACUAAUUUAGCUCUUGAGACUAUUUUCAGUACAAAAUUCAAGUGGAGCCUUCAGUAUGAAUGAUCUCAGUCCAUUGUUACUAAGCUACUGAGUGUUGUGAAUGGUUUCCCCAUUUGCCUCUUCAAUUUGAAACUUCAAUCUGUGGGGGUGCUCUAUUUCAACAUUUUAAUCUCGACAUUUUCCAACACUAACUACCAGUAGCAAAUUCUUUUUUUUGUCUGAGACGAUUUUACUGCAACGUUAAGACUUUUUGGUCACUGUAAACAAGAUGGUGGAUGAAAAUAGAAAGAAAUACUGCAAAAAAAACCUCCAACCCUUUUCUCUGUGGCAGCGUAUCGUGCCUUUUCUCUUUGGUAUAACAGGUCUCCUAAACUUAAACUGCAAACCAUGCAGGUUAAGUGCGGUAAAUUACAAG